AUGGAGGAGCAAGACCCCACAGGUCCCACCUCGGGGGUGGAAUCUGAAGAGACGUGGAAAGCCUCUCUGGCCACUCAGGAGGAAAGAACAAGGGGAUUUGUACAGAGAAGAACAGGCAAUGCGGUGAAACGGGAGAUAUGCGAGGGGCUGCCCUGGGAACCCCAACGGCAAGAGGUGUUGAAGACUGUGGAGUCCCCUUCCAUCGAUGAGUUGCCAGAGAAGCCCUCACUGUGGGACGAUGCCGAGGCCUUUCUGGCCUCCUUUGAGCAAGUGGCUGAAGCCUGUUGGUGGCCCAAGGAAGAGUGGGUGGCCCGACUCCUGCCAGCCCUCAGGGGAGAAGCGGCACAGGCCUUUAGCAGACUGCAGGCCAGAGACAGAGAGGACUACGGGAAAGUGAAGGCGGCCAUCUUGCAAGGGGCCGCCAUGAGGAGGGAGAAGCAUCGUCAACACUUUCGGCAUUUCUGUUACCAGGAGGCCGAGGGCCCAAGAGUGGCUUACAGCCAACUCCAGGAGCUUUGCUUUCAGUGGCUGAAGGUCGAGAGGCACUCCAAGGAGCAGAUCCUGGAGCUCUUGAUCCUGGAGCAGUUCCUGACUGUCUUGCCUCUGGAAAUCCAGGUGUGGGUGAGGGACUGUGGCCCAGAGACCUGCUGCCAGGCGGUGGCCCUGGCCGAAGAGUUCCUUCAGAAACAGCGAGAGGCCUCGAGGCAAGAGAGCCAGGUGGCAUUUGAGGAGGUGACAGUAAGUUUCUCCAAGGCAGGCCUGGAUCCAUCUGACACUGAGCAAAUCCAGCUGUGCACAGAACCCAAACAGGAGGACGCCAGGGAAGACAGCCUUCAGGGUAGCAUGAGGGAGAACGAGAAUGAGGGAGACCCAUCUGGGGUCUCAUCAAAAAGAGGCAAACACAAAGAGUUGAAAGAGAACUUUUGGGAUCCAGACAGACCGAAGAAGCAAGAGGGAAAUGAUGCGGAGAAAACAAAGGAUGAAUCCAGUCCUAGUCAAGAUGGAGACUUUUGGGAAAUCCCAUCACAACAAGAAAACCGAAUGGCUAAUAGAAAGAAAGAGUGCCUUGAAGCUCACUGGGGAAUCUAUACAGAAGAGAAUCCCAAUCCAAGCUUAGAGUUUGUUCAGACCUUAAAUCAGAGAAGAAAUGUUAUUGAAUGUCAAAAGGAACACUCAGGAGAGAAACCAUACAAGUGCCUGGAGUGUGGAAAGACCUUCACCCAGAGCACAACCCUUAUUUCGCACCAAAGAAUACACACAGGAGAGAGGCCAUACACCUGCUUGGAGUGCGGGAAGAGUUUUAAUGAGAGCACAACCCUCAUUUCACACAAGAGGAUCCACACAGGGGAGAAGCCAUACAAAUGCUCAGAGUGCGGCAACAGCUUCAUUCAGAGCUCAAGCCUGGUGUCACAUCAAAGAAUCCACAUGGGGGAGAAGCCAUUCAUGUGCUUAGAGUGCGGGAAGAACUUCUGUCAGAGCUCCCAACUUGUUCGGCAUGAGAGAAUCCACACAGGAGAGAGACCCUACACGUGCCUGGAGUGCGGAAAGAGCUUCUGUCAGAGCACACACCUGACUUCCCACCAAAGAAUCCACACGGGAGAGAAACCCUAUAAAUGCUCAGACUGCAGCAAGACCUUCGGUAAUCAAUCCGGCCUCAUUAAACACCAACGAAUCCACACGGGGCAGAAGCCGUAUAUAUGCUCCGUGUGCGGGAAGAGCUUCAACCAGAGCACGCACCUUAUCAGACACCACCGAAUCCACGCCGGGGAGAUUUUUCCACCUGAAAUUCCCCAUACUGUUAGGUCCUCUGCAGGAGCCCUGUUCUGA